AUGUUGUAUGCUGAAAGCUUGGGAAUCGAUGUUGAAAAGGAGCAAGACUUGCUUUAUAUCGCUAAGGAAGGGAUUUCUGCACAUUUACCGACUGGCUGGCAAGUUCUCAAGGAUGAAAAUAAUCAAAUAUUCUAUUAUGACAGUGCAUCUGGUAUUAGUUUAUGGGAGCAUCCAUUAGAUAGACACUUUCGAGAUUGUGUUGUUAAAGCCCGUCAGAAGAAACAAGAUGCCAUUGAUACAACAAGUAGUUCUGGCAAAGUCCCUCAUGAUAAGUCUGUAGAAACUGGUUGCGUCGUGUCAAAUGGUUUAUUGCGCCCGCAUUCGAAAUCAUCCAUAAACAACAAAGAGGUAGCAAGAGGAUAUACACCAACCCGUUCUGAUCCUCAUGAAGGCAAGCUGAAUACAAAUAAUUCCAAAGAACUCAUAGAAAAGCACGAAAGCAAUAAUCAGUUCUCGACCAGUGCUCUUGCAGAACCUCGCAUUCAAUGUCCAGUUGUUACUACUAGAAACGAUGAUCAUCUGCUAGUUACAGAUGAUCCUACUGAAUAUCUUGAGAUAAAAUUAUCCAAAAAUAAGAUACAUGAGAAAUCACUUGUUAAUAAUCAUGAGAAACUUCAACGAUCCUCUCGUAAAGACCAUCUUUCAUCAGAAGGUUUUAAAUAUUGGUCAGAAAUGUACAAAGAAAAUCUUCGUCAAGCAGAUGAAAACCUAACUGUAUUACAGUCAAAAAUAAGAGAAUCUUUGUUAUUAACUAGCAGUCAUAAAAACACCAACUCAAAUCUCUGCAAUAAUCCAACACCAAAUUCACUCACUAAAUACAAUCCUACGACAAUAACGAAGGAUUCACAUAUUGUAAGCAAUUUAUCUAGAUGUUUCUCAUCAUCGGAUCUUUUGAACAUUGUAGAUAACAAUCAAACAUAUUGUAAACGAUUAGAGUUAUUUUCUAGUCCUGUGAAAAAAAUUGAAAAUACAUUUAAUGAAGAUAUUCUAUGCCCUGAAGUUGGUAUAUCUCCAACUGCUGUCAUUCAAACAGAGUCAUCUAAUAGAAAUGAUAAAUAUAUUGGCCAUGGUGUAUCGUCUUUAGAUGCCAAUUCAAAAUUAUCUUCAUCUAUACUUCCUGAAAAUAUGAAAAAUUCUACAUAUCAGCUCACUCCAGGUAGAACGUGUUUAACAGAACAAAAUGCCAGUGUAGAAAAAUCGACUGAUGGAAUUCAAGAGGAUCAAAGUGAUUUGAAGUUAAAGCCCAAUAAAAACUUGAUUAAUUUAUCAGAAUGUAUUAGUCAUUUAGUUGAAGAACGUUCUCGUGUACAAGGCAAAUUGUUUCGUCUUAAGUCGAACUCCAAACGACGUCAACCUGCUAACCGCGUGUAUAUUCGUAGUCUCAUUGCUAAAACAUUGUGA